CUCUCUCUGUCUCUCUCUCUCUCUCUGAGUUAGUGCUGUGGAAUCUUUAAGGGGUGAACCAGGAUUUUACCGUCAAGUGAGAGCCCGAACUGUGCGCUUUGGAGGCGAAGUGCAUCCCAUCCGCUGCUGUUUGGCGGCUGUGCGGCCGCGGGGAGUGGUGGUGGGACCUGUGGACAUCUUUGGAUUCUGGGGUUGUCGAUGUAACCUUAAAGCAGGAAGUUACCAAAUCUCUACCACAUUGCUCCAGUGCCUUGGAAUCUGCUCACAGUGAGGUCCAGGAAAACCCUCCUGUGGAACCCUUCCCUCUCUUGGCCUCUCCUGUCCCGUCCCGUCCCGUCCUGUCCUGAAGAAUGCGUUUGGUGAAGACACUGACUUGCACCGUUGUGGUUGUGGUUCUGUGUCUGUUUAUCCUGAGUUACCUGCUUCCCGGGAAAACUGUGGACAUCAGGUACCAAAGCAGCGGUAGUCACAGCACUCACCUGGAGGAGGAUCUGUCGGACAGUCAAGACAAAUACAAGCACAUCGCUUACAGCAGGAAAGAGUCAGUGGUUCGGUUGCUGUCGGGUGCUGACUGCCGGUGUGAGCCAGACGCCUCGCUGAAGAGUCUCUUUGUUAAGAACUCGCCCCCUCAGCUCCGCGAAGCCUUCAGCGCAUCGGAGCGGGAAGAUGUGGAGCAGAGGAGAGAGCGGGAGUACAAGCUCUUCCUCCAGAGGACUAAAUCUCCUGUGGACGAGCUGAUAGUAGCCAAAGCCAACUCUCCGCUGGAGUUCCCCACUCAAGGGGUCGAGGUGCGACCCAUGAAAACCAUCUUACUGCCAGGUUUAAGACUGAAAGCCCCACCACAGGAACUUUACAAGGUGGACGUGAAGGCAGAAUUGGGGAGCUUUGAUGUGGCGGCGGAGGUUGCGGGGGUAAAGGUCGAAGGCGAAGGUGGGACACACCUGUCUCUGUCCAGCUCCCAACUGGACAACCUGAACCGUCAACUGCAAUUCCUCACCUACACCAACACGGUCUUCCACCCCAACACGGCCGACACCGUGCAAUUCGAGACUGACGGACACAGGGCACAGUUUACUGUGAAAAUCCGUCACCCACUCAUCCCCAAACUUUACGACGUCAAGAGCCAGUCAGGCUAUAACAUCAGUGCGCUGGUCACCAUAGCCACCAAGACGUUCCUGAGGUAUGGGAAGCUGAGGGAGAUGAUCGACAGCGUCAGGAAAUAUUACCCCGACGUCACCAUCAUCGUGGCUGACGACAGCGAUAAACCAGAGAAGAUCCAGGGAGCUUUCAUCGAGCAUUACAUCAUGCCGUUUAGAAAGGGUUGGUUUGCUGGCAGGAACCUGGCCGUUUCCCAGACGAAGACCAAGUAUCUUCUCUGGGUCGACGAUGAUUUUAUCUUCACCGGAGACACCAAGAUCGAGAAAAUGGUGGACGUUUUAGAGAGAACAACCCUGGACAUGGUGGGGGGCUCAGUGCGGGAGGUGACCAGAUUCACAGCCACCUACCGACACCAGCUGAGCGUCGAGGCCGGAGGAAAGGAAGGCGAUUGUCUGGAGAUCAGGAAAGGUUACUAUCACACCCUGGAGGGUUUCCCCAACUGUGUGGUCGCUGACGCCAUUAUCAACUUUUUCUUGGCCCGGACGGAGAAAAUCCAGGAAGUGGGGUUCGAUCCCCACCUCUCACGCUGGGGGCACCUGGAGUUUUUUGUGGACGGUUUGGGACGUCUGCACGUUGGCUCCUGCAGCGACGUGAUUGUUGACCACGCUUCCAAGAUCAAACUGCCCUGGACCAGGACAGACAAGUCUGAGAUCCUGUACAAGACCUUCCGCUACCCUCAGUCCUCAGAGGACGGGCAGAGCCUCCAGUCCAGGCUCUUCUUCUUCAAGAACAGAUUACGCUGCAUCAAGAGCUGAGAGGAUCCGAGCUCCGGCCCCAGCCCAGACCUCAGGGAAUGGUCAGUGAUGGGAGUGCUGACCGCCCGCCCGCCCGGCUUCGCUCGCUCUCACCGGGAGUCCACACGGCUCAUAGAGCAAUGCACUGAUGUCUGUUACUCUGAGAUGCUCAGCGUGUCUCUGGGUUCCGGAUCGCUACCCCACGUGAGGGGCACUGUUGUUGCUGUUGUUCCUGUUGUU